AAAAACAAAAGGGAUCUGUUCGAUAGUUCGCUCCAAGCCAUUCGAUCAUGUUGAUCCAACUGUUGGCAAAAGUAAAUGGAUCCAGAAUAGGAUAAUCUUGGAUACCAGCAGAGGAUGGACCGCAAAGAUCGUCGCCGACAAGAUGGUGGCGAUCGUCGUCCGCAUCAUGGCUACCGAAAGCCAGCAUGGAAGCUAGCCCAGGAACUUCCAGCCUUUCUGGAUGCGUCGGCUUCGGUAUCUGCUUCCACCUUUGCAGCUCGACGACUUCCAGAGCUCAAAAAGCUCUACAGUAUUAAUAGUGCCACCAAUAAUACCACCAAUACACUACGCCAAGGCAGCCUUGGACCCCUCAAGAGUUCGGGAUGCAAAACAUCGUCACGGCAUUUGCGACGACGUGCCACUAGUCACAAGGCCAGAAAGCGGCAUCGGUAUCCACGGGAGGGAGACCUUCCGAGCAAGAAAAAGGCAAAGGCAUUACCCCAAAAAGAAGAUGAGACUGAUACUGCACAAGAGAAUUCAGAUCCUCCUGCAGGCAAAGAUGACACGCCAGCAACCAGUCGAAGGGGGCGACGAAAGCACAGGGAAACACUGACUUUGCCACAUGAAGCUUGGUGGAAACAACCAGGACCACCUAAUGGAGAGUGCCUGUCAUCUGAUGACGUGCCGUCAGGAGCGGGUGCCAGUGACCAAGCAACAACAAAAUUGACGAAAGAUUCAACUCCCUGCUAUUGGAUGACCACGCACAUUUGGCACAGCAAACGGUUUCACAUGGCCAAGCUGUGGGGAUGGCAGAUACCCAUUGUACAUACCAAUCGUGGACCCAAGGCGGCACUGCGGCUCAUUCGAGAGGGCAAAACUCUCCUACAGGAUGUUACUUGGUCUCGAGCAGCACAACCCAUUAUCUUGAAAACAGAAAUAUCAAUGAAACACAAGGCAUCACAGCAACAGCAAGCCCUCCAAUCCGCAAUCCAAAGGAUCUGUCCCGAGUUUGGUUUCCAGUUUGAUACUACUACCGCUGCAAUAAUAAAUGACGCUCCAAACAGCCAUUACAACUUGACAUGUGACAAGGACAUUUGUGUUGGAAAAGGAAUGCUCCAUGCGCUGGAUCAGUUUCCUCGCCAAGCAAUUGGGCCCAUUCAUUGGCUAGUGACAAGAGGAGCACAACCACUCAUGGGAGGCCAGCCACAAAAGGAAUUCUACUAUCGUUGCUAUUUCUGGACGCAUCCGGCAAUACACAGUGUGGUUCUCAAGGAGUUUGAAGCGCUCGAAACAUCAUGGACAGCAUCCAGUGACAUGCCGAAGCCUGUCCUGCACGGUGGGUUUCAAGCCACCACAGGAUCUGAUUCACACAAAAGUAAUGUUGGCAUGGCUUGUUUCAAGCUAAGAGGAAUCAAUGCCACCGCCACGGUUCAGAGGGUUCUCGAGGAUAGUCGCCAAACGAGUCGUAGUGGUGGUCCAGAAACGACGAAACGUCGAAACGAUAAUCCACUCUUGUUCAGCUCCGAAACACUGCACAGCAAUCUGCCGAAUGGGACGGUUCUGUCGGCUUUGGCGGCGGAUCUCGACCACCCAAGUACAUCAAAUUGUCGUGACGACAAGGAUCACGGCUUGAUUCAAGGCGACCAACUCCUUCUGGUCUCACAACGACCGGCAAACCUGUCACGAAACGAACCGGCAGUCGGGUGGGAUCUCUACUGUGAUGCUGCCAUCGCCAAGGUUCUCUUUGUGGAAUUGAUCAUCAAGGGGCAGGCUUGUCCAAUUGGAAUUGCGGAGGAAGCCUAUAUCAAACUGGAAUGUGAUCCCCCCAUUGCUGACAUUUUCCCGCGGGAUUAUCCAGAAACAAGGGAGGGGAGCCAGUUCUGGCAGUUGACCAAUGCGGACGACAGCGGUGAUGGCACAGCGACGACGGUUGUAGACAGCACCAUACUACGUUUGUGCUUGCAGCAAGGCGAAAAAGGAGGGCGAAUUGACGUCCCCAGGAUCAAGGCUCGUUCUCAUCAACCGCCCAGCCAAAAGGGGCAGAAGCCACUCAAACUGUCCAGUGGUAGCCUCUGUAAGAUUCGUUGGUAUGAUCUAAUAAAAGAUGCCGCUGCAAAUAAUACAAGCGACGAUGGUCACGAUGCCACUGAGGAUACUGAGUGCGCUGUGGUGAUGAUGAGAGGAGCGUUUUGCAAGCCUUUGGAAGAUGCUCUUUCGGCAAGUGGAAAUUUCGUGACCAAACAAUCUGACGCAGGAACCAAGGGGAGGAAACGGCGUCGGGUAAAACAGCCGAAUGAGAUUUGCCAUGUUAUACCCCUGACCAGCGACGAGAUGGAGAGGCAUAUGUCGCAUUGUAGAACGCUGUUGCAGUCCCUGUCGUUGCCUGCUGUAAUUGCUUGCCAGUUGCAGGUCGUUGGACCAGGAACUUUGAGACCAGGAGCGCAGAUUUGUCCUGCAACCGAAGCCGAGCCUCAGAUAGUGGGGUUUGUCACAGCAACAUCGUUUUCCGCCGCUCGGGGUUGCAGUCACGGAAUAGGCGUGGUUGGGGCUGCGCUUUUAUUGAAGGUUGCCAUUCAAGCUGCAUCAAGUCCACAACGGGCCCACAGUGAGCUGGCCGUUGUCGAAGUUCAGGGCAGGCGGGCAAUUCGUUUGGUGGUGUGCCUUCGAAGCGGCACAGCCUCGAUGAAGGCGACACUGGCAUUGCUAUUGUAAGCCAAGUCAAAGCAGUGUUUGCAACUCUCUGGGGGUAAUGAAAUCAAUAUCUUAGCGCUUGCUUUAGCUAGAUAAAAACUUUUAAGCAGAGGGCACGCCUGUGGCGGCAGACGAGUCGACAAAAAUAGUGGGUGGCACGGAAUCGUCGCUGGGA